AUGGAACAACCUACAUCUGAUUUAUCCCUUACAACAAGGGAAGCUGCCUUUUCAAUAAUGCUUGCCAGCAUUGGCCUAUGCUGCUUCACAUGGCAAUCCAGUCGAGCAGGAUGGAUGUUUUACAAGGUGCGCAAACCCAUCCAUGCCAUUGUAUUCGCACAAGCAUUCCUAGGAAUCAUUCUUAAUUUUGUAACUUUGCUCGCAUCGUUGACACGAGUCGAUUGCAUGUUUAUUCUCAUAUUUUCAGUCGUUGGUGUCAAUGUGGGAGACAUUGCAUUACAAUCAGUACUCCUAUGGAAGGCAUACUUGGGCAACAAUCGAUCAAAAAUCAUUCUCGUGCUUGGUGCUAUUCCUAUUGUAGGCCUUGCAGUUUUCAUAUGCGCUAACAUCACCAUUGCCCGAUCCACAUCCAUGAUGAGCCAAGGCGUGUGUAACACGAAUUACCGCAAGUAG